AUGUCUGAAUCCCUCAAGGGCCUCGGUCGUGAGGAGGUGGCAGCCCGGCGUGCCGCUCUAACUGAUGGACGAUGGAGGAACCGAGAAGGAAUUGGGAUGUAUCAGCGCUCUACCUCCAACGCACUUCGAAAUAUUUUGUCUGGUGUCAAAAGUGCAUUACCAUCUUUAUCUCGAGCACGGUCAAAAUCGAGAUCAAGGUCUGUAAGUCCUAAGAAACGAGCAGUCCCAGCUUCACAGAAUCCUGUCACUGAGUCUCCUAGAGCAGGCCCCUCUCGACUUGCCCCAGACCCAUCCCCCGCACGACCAGCUCUGGAUCCGUCUCCAGCUCGCUCAACUCAAUCUCGACGCAGCUCGGUCAAACGCAAAUCAUCAGCGGCUGCUGCUACUUCUGCUUCUUUAAUCUCCCCUCGAGCUACUUCUUCUCCUCGAAAGACGUAUCUCUCGCCCAACCGGAAAUCGUAUCUUUCUCCGUUCCGAAAGACAAACCCCUCUCCUCUGCGCAAGUCGAUUUUCCCUAGAUCCCCCACAAAGUCUCCCACUCGAAAAUCUCCCGCUGCCCGAUCAAAAGCUCAAGCUAAAUCGAAAUCAAAGCUCAAGGUCAACAAAGGCAAGGUUCCAGAGCCAGAACCGGUUGCGCCUGCUUCCCCUGGCCGGCGACGAGCGAGUGUUCGGGCGAUCGAUCAUCCCGAAGAGGAAGUCUCACGGGCACCCGAGCUGCAAGGUGAAGGUUCGACUGAUGAGGUAGAAUACGAGGGAUUAGCGACUGUAGAGGAAGAACCAGAACCGGAGCCGGAGCCAGAAUUACAACCAGAGCUGGAGCCAGAGCCAGAACCUGGGCAUGAAACCUUCAUUCAUCAGGAUACGGGCAAGAGUGGAGAUGGGGCAGAUGAAUCCGUAGUGGUAUUGAUGGAAGAGGAGGAACACCCGCCGCCAAAAGCAUCCAAAGGCAAAGGAAAGGCGAAAGGAAAGGCAAAGAGUCGGGCCGAACAGGAUACAACUGGAGCAGACGAUUCUGUCAUGGUCUUGGAGGAAGAGGCUCCUGCGCCUCCUCCACCCAAAAAGAACCGAAUUCAGACGAUCGUUCCGGAACCUGUGCAACGGCAGAAACCUGCUCGAUCUAGAAAGGCAUCCGGUAAUAAACGACCUGCUGUGGAAGACGACGAAGAACAACCGGAGGGGUCUCCUCCGAAACGUGCAAAGAGCACCAAGGGCAAAGCGAAAACAAAGGCAAAGGCACCAGCCAAGAAGGGGAAGACUACCAGGGCCAAGCCUCGAGGGAAGAAAACCGGAGCCUCACGAGCAAUAUCUGUAGAAUCCGAGCCAGAACCAGAACGUACGACUCCUGUACCCCAGGACAUCAUGGUUCCUCUUCAGGAUUCACCUCCACCUCGCCCGAAAGAUUCUAAGCGUCGUCGCUAUACCCUUAUGCCCGUUCGAACCAAGGAAGAAAUGGCCCAUCCGGAUUAUGAUCCGAUUGACUGCAUUGGCUGGCAGUAG